AUGCGGCCUUUGUUCAAAGUGUUGCGCCAUCUUUUCAUCGCCAGCUUAGCGGGCACAUGCUGUGGCCAGUUUGGCGUGCAAAAUGAUAGGUCGAUUCUAGGUAUUAACAAUGAGUUCUCAGGGGUUUGUUACACCUAUGUCUCAGUGUAUCCCGUCCUUGCAGAUGAUGAGUACAUCACUAUUACAAAGCCCUACAGAGGUUCCGUCACCGCCUUGUACACUGUCCCCCCACAGAGCGACGAACCGGGUAUUGUCAUUGUUGAACAGCCAGGUGGUUCUUCAGCGCCUGAGAAUGUGGUAAUACCUGCUACAGAUGAUCGUCCUUAUGCGAUUAUUAUUCGACCAUACUCAGGAUCAAGCUCCAUAUCAGCACCCAUCACACAGGUUGUUCCACCAAGAGAUGGCCGUCCAGGUCAAAUUAUCAUUGAGACACCAAAGACUGCCGCUGCUGGUCUUACACCUGGAGUCUUGUUUCCAGUAACACUGGAGCCUAAGUAUUCAACUGAUUAUGUGACGGUUUUGCAGCCCGUGGCUGGCACACUGGCAUCACUGCAGCUCAUCACCAUUACACCGACCGGAACGAACCGGGGAUCAGUCAUUAUUAAUAUUCCCGCCUCGUCCUUCAACGGAGAAAACACUGCAGGUAUCACUCUCGAGCCUGAUUCUGAAGGCGACUACGUCACAGUGUUACAGCCAGCAGGUGUUUCGUUCACUGGAACUACUCCAAUCCGCAUUACAGUGCCACCCAGCGGCGACAGACCUGGUACCAUCAUCAUCCAAACACCUAUCCCGGGACUUCUGAGGCCUGCCAGUCUCGAGACUUUGUCUCUCAAUUCUAUAAGCUCUUUGGGGUUUCUUGCUGGUCAAACGAUUACUCUCCAACCGACAGAUGCUACUGGCUACGUAACCAUCAUCGAGCCAGCCGAAGGCAGCGUCACACCGACGGCACCUAUCCGAACCACGAUUCCACCGACUGGUACUAAGCCUGGUACUGUCCUCAUACAAACCCCUCCUGGAGGUAACAAUGGGCAACCUGGUGGCGGAGCAAUCACCAACGCUGCUGGUGCAACCAUUCCACCGACGCGCACUCGCCCGGACGGAGCUAUUCCCUAUACAACAGUUACUCGAGGCGUGUCUAAUGACUUUGGCGACUCAGGAAGCGGGUCUGGAGGUGGUUUGGGUGAUGGCGAUAACGGCAGUGAAGAUGGAUCUGAGGACGAUGACGGGAUUGACUUUGGAGGAGUCCAAGGUAGACCAGGUCAAGGACAGGGUAAUGGUGAUGAUCCAAGAGAGACACUUACACUCCCCCCUGAAGUUGGAAGGCCUGGUACUGUUCUUGUUUUGACGCCUGAUGGUGAGAACAAUUCGCAGACUGAUGACGACUCUGACGAAUCUCCUACUGGGACUGAGCCUACCGGGGGCUCUGGCACAGGGAACCAAGGAGGUUCCAGUGGUGGCAAUGAUGAGAGUGGAAGUGGAAGUGGCUCAUCUGGCUCUGGCUCUGGCUCUGGCUCUUCGGACUCUGGGUCAUCGGGUUCAGGGUCAUCGGGUUCAGGGUCAUCGGGUUCAGGGUCCGGCUCUGGAUCGUCAGGGUCUGGAUCUGGGUUGGGAUCUAACUCGGGACAAGGAGGCAGCUCCAGUAAUGGAGGCUCAAACGACAAUGAUGAUGAAUAUGGUAGCGGGGACGUGCAAGGCCAAGGGUCUGGAUCUCAAGGCGAUGACGGCGAAGGCGACGUCGAUGGAGACAGUGAUUCACCUGGGAAUGGUGAAUCUUCCGGUUCAGGUACCGGAAACACCUCUGGCAAUGGUGGGCGUCCAGGAGACAACGAAAACAGUUCCUCUGACAGUGACGACUCAGCGGGCUCCCAAGGUGCAGAUGGAGUAUACCCCGGAAGUGGCCAGGGUAGAAGCAGUACAGGAACCGCUGAAGCUUCUCAAAACACCAGAGGCGCCUCUAAUGACGACGACGAUGACCCGCUCAAUGGGGGUGCUCAGGGUGGAGGUGGUCGCCCAGGUGGUGAAGAUUCUGAGGAUGAUGAGUCAAGUCGGUCAUCUUCAAGUCGUCGAUCAAGCACUUCACGAAGUUCAACCUGGAGUGGAUCGCCAAAUGUGGUGACCAGACAUGCAACAUACACUGUAACCUCUGGCACUAGUGUUUUCACUAUCACCUCCAACAUUGUCGAGACUCUCAGCGACGGCAAGUCGUCUACCCGAAGGUCCACAACCACUAGACGAGGAGGUACUAUCAGUGGUGGUCUACAGGGCUUGGGUAGUGGUAGUGAAGGCGUCGCGGGCAGCACAGGUUUCACGAGACCUGUCAACAGUCGAUCUACCAGCUCGAGACGGACAUCUAUCUCCAACGCCGACGGGAAAGGAGAUACAGCAGCUGCUGCCUCUACACUUCAAACGAAUGCACCACCACAGGCGUCUCCAGGUCCAAGCCCCGAGGAUAACACAGCUUUAUCGUCCGAUUCAGACUUCUCUGGUUCACCAGACACAGCUGUUAGACCUGGCGGCAGUGGUCUGAGUACAUCAAGUCGCCGAUCAACAGCGGCUAACUCUCGGACCACGAGAAGUUCAAGUAGGAGUUCAUCUAAUGCUGAUGGAGGUUCGGGUGAGACCGCUGUUUCCCCAUCAAGAGUCCGAACCUCUACAACUACUUCUAGAAGUAGUUCAGUUUCAGUAUCUACAAGAAGUGGUCAAGGAUCUAGUGGCUCGGUCUCGGUUUCAUCGCGAGUAUCACGAUCCACAUCUUCAACUGCAUCUUUAAAGGGCGAGCCCGAAGGGCUCGGAACUAGGUCUGAUGGUGCUCAGGAGAGCACCACUUCGCGCACCACACCGAGUAGCUCAGUCAUUGCAUCUUCAACAUCCAGAUCUCCUACGAGGUCUGGAGAUACAACAUCACCAAAUGUGAAUACUAGACCUGGUGGCGACACAACAAGUCAAGGAUCUUCCACUACCUCUAGGUCUUCUUCGUCUUUGACAACAACGCGAACUUCCACCACUACAACACGAGAGGUGAUCAAUAUCGAUACACUCAUUGGUUCUCAAAGUGUGGCCGAGUCUGAUCGUGUACCACAAGGUGGUGAAGAGACGUCCACGGCUCGCAGGACAACAAGCACUACAGCUAGUAGUUCACGAGCUGGCGACCAAGAGUCGACGGCAUCAGCUGGGGAUUCAACCUCUGGUAGGGAGACUACUUCAGUAUCUGGUGGAUCAACUGCUACUACUGGUGGUGGAGACGAGUCUGAACCUUCAACAGUGAUUUCUAAUGGCGCGCCAAUCGUAGUCGAACCAUCUGGUGCUGCCUCGUCCGAAGACUCCAAUGCAGAACGAUCGUCAAGUGGUUCUGGUAGUGAACCGUCUAGGACGGCUGGAGAUGAAGACGCAGGAACUAGCACGGCAGAUGGUGCUGCGUCCCAAGACCCCGAUGAGGAAGAGACUGGUUCUGAAACCUUGUCGGAUGGUGCUGAUGAGACUGGAGAGCCUGACUCAAACGAUGAUGAAACCAGUAUGAUCACUCCCCAAAUGCCAGUUCCUACCAGCCCAUUACCCAGUAUCGCCUCAGACGACCCUUCUCUUCCAGACGAUGAUGAUCUCGAUACCGAGACAGAAGGCGUUAACACAGACGAACCCACUGGUAGCGUCACUACUGGAACCAAUGGUUCGUCUGGUGCUUCCGAUGGAGAAGCAACGGAGACAGACACUGAUGCUGGAGAUGAAACAAGCGCAACAGAAGGAAGCGAACCCUCAGAAACUAGUACUGCUAAUGAAGAUGGAGAUGACGAACCAGCAACUGCUACGGGUGACUCUUCUGUUUCUGGCUCCAACACUGGAGGUGAGAGCGAGACCGCCACUGAUGUGUCCGCCGGAAUUCCUGCAGACAGUGUCACGGAUGAUGGUACUCAAACCACCGAAGAGCCUAACGGGGCCCUACCUACUGUGACGUUCUUCCGAGCAGGUAGGGGCCAAUUCAGAACAACGUUAUACAUCCCCCCUCAGUCUACCGGAGAUCCUUGGACCGCUAUCAUCGAGACCCCAGUCUCUGAGACACAGUCCGAGGGAGCAACUGCCCGCGGAGAUGAUGAUGUGCUCACAACUGCCCCUGCAAUCACUGGAACAGCCAAUAUUACCGUCUUUAGAGCUGGCAGUGGUUCUGGUAGGAGGACAUUCUACAUAUCUCCCAGCGCUUCUGAUCUACCUGGCACCGUUAUCAUAGAGACACCGACAGGUGUAACUCCACCAGUGACUGCGACUGCAUUUACCACCACUGGUACCGGAUCAACAACGGCAACUCUCUACUAUCCUCCCGCCUCACCUGAUGAGCCUGGCACUUUUGUGGUUGAGCUUCCUGCCUCUGGCGCUGACUCUGCUACCGACACUGACACAAGAUCCGGUAUCACCAUCACUACACAGGGAACUGGAACCGUGGCGACAACUAUCUACUACCCACCCGAUGUCUCUGGAGAGCCUGGUACAUUUAUUGUUGAGAAUCCUGCCUCUGAGACUGACGAUGAAUCUGCUUCCGACGAUGACGAUGAGGGUACUGACUCUGAUGCGGUCAUAACACCAGCUCCGACCGAUGUUCCGUCCCCUGACGUCGAGGGAAACCUCACACUCUAUAGAUCUGGUGCAAGUUCUACACGACGGACCAUCUUCAUCCCGCCGACAUCAAGCGGUGACGUAUGGACCGUUGUCAUUGAGACUCCAGCUUCAGAGACUGAACUGGAAGAAACUGGAACUGCAGCAACUGUCCCUGGCUUCCAGACAACCAUUGCUUCAGUCACUGGAACAGCCAACUUUACUCUCUUCAGAGCUGGUACAGCAACGACACGAAGGACAUCUUACAUUGCACCCAAGACUUCAGGCGAGCCAGGAACAGUUGUUAUUGAAACACCCGUUCCAAGAUCCUCUAGCAGUGGUCUCACUGCUAACCCUGAUGCUCUUACAACUGGGGAUGAUAUCUCUGCUGGGGAGACUAUUACUGUCUCUGUCCAAGGUACUGGAACGAGGGCAACGACUUACUAUGUUCCACCUGCGAUUACCGGUGAACCUGGCACUCUAUACAUUGAAGUGCCUGCCACAGAGUCUAGUAACUCUGAUGACACCACAGAAACGACUCUGUCUCCUGGAGUCCUCCCCAAUGUUACUAUUUCCAGUGGCGUGGCAGGAUCUGUCACUCGGACCAUAUAUAUACCUCCCACGGAAUCGGGCGAAGCUGGUACUAUCGUAAUUGAAGUACCUACUGGUGGCCUCGACGACCCCGAUGAUGAUGAAGAUACUAUUUCGGCUGCCACUACCAUAACAAGCUUCAGAGGUGGUUCAGACUCAACGACUCGGACUAUAUACAUCCCCCCUACUGCCUCGGGUGAAGCUGGAACACUCAUUGUUGAAACACCCACAUCUGAUCCAGACAAUGCAUCUGCUGGAAUUACAGGCACAGAAGCAGGCAGCCCAACUCCUGUCAUCACCUCGGGAGGCAAUGUGACAAUCUAUAGCGGUGGGCCCGCUUCGUCUACGACCACUAGAUAUAUUCCUGCUACUGUACCAGGGGAGCAGGGUACCGUGAUUAUCGAGACUCCAACCUCUGGACCUCAGGCUACAGGCAUCGGCAAUGUUACUAUUGUCACUGGUGGUCCUGCCACAGUUACUCAGACUCGAUAUAUCCCUGCUACCGUAACCGACGAGCCCGGUACUAUGGUCAUUGAGACACCUACGCAGGAUGGUGAAGAUACAGGACCUUCGGCAACUGGUAGCGAUCCCGGUGCCAUCAUCGUUCCUGGCAAUUUUACCGUCACGAGUGGUGGAUCUGGUUUAGCUACAAGUACUAUCUAUAUUGCACCAACAGUAUCAGGGGAGAGUGGAACCGUUAUCGUCGAGUAUCCAACUGGUGAUACUGAUGAUGGUGAUGCAACCACAAUUGCUCCUACAGGAUCAGGCGGCAACUCUACUAUCAUCCGUGGAGGCCCGGCUAGUGUUACUACGACCAUAUACAUCCCACCCACAGCGUCUGGCGAAGGAGGCAUUAUUAUCAUUGAGACACCUACAGACGACCAGGGAGAAACAGGUGCACCCGAGACUGGAAGCAUCACAGACGCCUCCAGUAUCACUAGCCAACCUGAAAACACCACCAUCUUUACCAACUCUCCAGGAACAGCUACAGAGACAUUCUACUUCCCUCCAGAUGAUCCAAGGGAGCCGGGUACUGUUAUUGUAGUGUCUCCCAGAACUGCUACCACUAUCUACACUGAUGGCUCGGUCACUGCUCCUCGGACUUUGUAUAUCUCUGCAACAGCUUCUGGGGAGCUUGAUACAGUGAUGGUCGAGACACCAAGGAGCGUAGGUGCAGAAGCCACAACUAUUACCAGGGGUGGCCCAGUUUCCGCCGCGACAACGAUCACUGUUCCUGGUGUAUCUGGAGAACCUGGUACUGUUUAUGUGGAGACACCAACUGUAUCUGACGAUGAAGCUUCAGAGACUGCUGAUGGCCAGGUUGAAGCUACGACAAUCACUAGAGGUGGGCCGGUUUCAGUUGCAACUACAAUCACUAUCCCUGGUGCAUCGGGAGGACCAGAUACGGUAUUCGUGGAAACACCAACCGUAUCAGCUGGUGACUCUAUUAGCAGCAAUACAGUAGAUGCAACUACAAUUACACGCGGCGGACCAGUCUCAGUUGCGACAACAAUCACUGUGCCUGGCGAAUCAGGUCAACCGGAUACAGUCUACGUCGAAACUCCUGCUACUACAGUCGACAGCGCAGCUUCGGAGACUGGUAAUAAGUUGGAGGCCACUACUAUUACACGUGGUGGACCAGUAUCAGCUCCAACAACAAGGACCAUCCCCGGCGCACCAGGAGAGCCAGAUACGGUUUUCGUCGAAAUCCCAACUACCACAGCCGACAUUACAGCGUCAGAGACUAUUGAAGCUACCAGAAUAACUAGAGGUGGCCCAGCUUCGGUGGCAACUACAGUUACUGUACCUGGUGAAUCAGGCCAACCAGAUACAGUCUUCGUCGUGACCCCUACUAGCACGGACGAUAGCGAAGCGACAGAGACUGACGAUACCAUUAAAGCUACUACAAUAACUAGAGGUGGCCCGGUCUCGGUAGCAAUAACCAUUACUAUUCCAGGUGCACCAGGAGAGCCGGACACGGUUUUCGUCGAGACACCAAUAACCACAUUUGACAAUGCAGCUUCGGAGACUGGCGAUAAGGUUGAAGCUACUACGAUCACCAGAGGUGGACCGGCCGCAGUAGUAACAACUAUCACUAUCCCAGGUGAAUCAGGCCAGCCGGACACGGUUUAUGUUGAAACGCCAACUAGAACAAAUGGAAAUGAGGCAACUACAAUCACGACAGGAGGCCCGGUCUCAGUCGCAACGACAAUUACUAUUCCCGGCGUAUCAGGCCAGCCCGAUACAGUUCUAGUCGAGACACCAACUUCUUCAACUGGCCAGAAUGAAGCCACUACAAUUACUCGAGGUGGCCCUGUCACAGCCGCUACGACAUUAACUAUCCCUGGAGCCUCUGGUGAACCGGACACCGUUGUUGUUGAGACGCCUGCAGAAUCUCCUACAGGUUCCGAUGUUAAGUACACCACUAUCACAAGAGGCGGUCCAGUGACUGCUGCCACUACCGUUACCGUUCAAGGCGUAUCUGGUGGACCACACACAGUUUUCAUUGAGACACCGACAGAGUCCCCUAGUGACGCUGGAGUCGAGUAUACCACCAUCACCAGAGGUGGACCCGUCACAGCCGCUACGACAAUUACUAUCCCUGGUGCACCAGGACAACCUGACACUGUCGUUGUUCAGACGCCUGCAGAGUCCUCUAGAGAAAGCGUCGAAUAUACCACCGUCACUAGAGGUGGGCCUGUUACUGCUGCUACCACCGUCACGGUUCAAGGUGUAUCUGGCGGGCCAGAUACUGUUUUCAUCGAAACGCCUACGGAAUCUCCUACUGAAGCUGACGUGGAGUAUACGACCAUUACCAGAGGUGGCUCUGUUACUGCGGCCACAACACUUACGCUUCCAGGUCUACCUGGAAAACCAGACACUAUUGUUGUCGAGACACCUGUAGAGUCAUCCAGAGAUGAUGUCGAGUAUACUACAAUCACCAGAGGUGGACCUGUGACUGCCGCUACCACUGUUACAGUUCAGGGUGUGUCUGGUGGACCAGACACUGUAUUUAUUGAGACCCCUGUGGAGUAUACCACUAUUACUAGGGGUGGUCCUGUAACUGCUGCUACAACUGUUACUAUUCCAGGCGCGCCCGGGGAGCCAGAUACCAUCUUCGUCGAGACACCAACUGGCCCAGCUGCUGGUGGCGAUGAAUCGGAACCUACAACGAUCACACGAGGUGGGCCUGUGACUGCUGCCACAACGAUCACCUUCCCUGGUGUGUCAGGCGCUCCGGAUACUGUCCUUAUCGAGACUCCAACCGGUCCAAAUGCGGGCAGUGGUGAGGUUGAAGCUAUAACUAUCACAACAGGUGGCCCCGUUACCGCUGCAACUACAGUUACUAUUUCAGGCGUAUCAGGUGCUCCAGAUACUAUCGUUAUCCAGACACCAACUGACGCAGGAGUUGAAGCCACAACUAUCACAACAGGUGGCCCUGUGUCGGUUGCGACUACGAUCACCUUCCCAGGCGUGUCAGGUGCUCCAGACACUAUACUCAUCGAGACUCCUACAAGUUCUGAAGAUGAACCUUCGGAGACUGACGAUGGAAGCGGUGAUGAAUCAAUAGCUACUACAAUCAUCAGAGGAGGUCCAGUAUCGGCUGCAACUACAUUUACUCUUACUGGCGAAUCCGGCGAGCCAGGCACUCUUGUUGUAGAGACUCCCACUGUUAUCUCAGAAAACGAGGAGACCGCUACCGAUGACCCUACAGGGGUUAUUGUCUCUCCCGAGGGUAGACCCAAUACAACAAUCACUCUCCCUGGACCUGUGACAGCUCCUCAGACAAGAUAUGUUUCGGCUACAGUCUCUGGUGAAUUGGACACAAUCAUCAUCGAGGUACCGACUGCCAGCUUCAUUGAAGAUGAGGUGGUGUACACUACUGUAACCAGUGGUGGAUCUGGAAGUGCCAUUCGCACUACAACACUUGAGCCUGGCUCUCCCGACGAACUCGGCACAGUCAUUGUCAUCACUCCUACGGGAUCUGAUGAGACUGGAGGUGAGAUUACUUCAACUGCCACGGAUGACGCCGCCGAUAUCGAGUAUACUACUAUAUCUGGUAAUUGGACUGGAACUGUUACGCGCACCAGAACACUCCAGCCUGACACUCCUGGUGAACUUGGAACAGUCAUUAUUGAGAGUCCUGCAGAUGAGACUGGGGGCGAGGUAACUACCACAGAUGAUGUAGACGACGUCGAGUACACUACUGUAUCAGGCGACUGGACUGGAACUUCUACUCGUACAAGAACGUUAGAGCCUGGUUCUCCUGGUGAACUUGGUACCGUCAUUGUUGAGGCUCCUGCAAGUGAGACCGGGGACGAGACAACUGCCACUACCACGGAUGACGCUGGAGGUAUUGAGUACACUACUAUAUCUGGUGGUUGGACUGGAACUAGUACUCGUACGAGGACAUUAGAGCCUGAUACCGCCGGUGAGCGUGGUACUGUCAUUGUCGAGACACCUACAGGCUCUGGCAAUGGAGACGAAGGAGCAACAGCAGACGCAAGUCCAGAAACCACUGAUGGUGCUGUGGCGUACACUACCAUCUCCAUUGGUGGACCAGUCACUGCUCCUCGUACAACCACUUUGUCUCCUGGCUCCCCAGGUGACCCUUUAACAGUUAUUGUCGAGUUUGCCACUGUUUCAGCGAAUAACGAAGGAGUUCAGUACACAACCAUAUCUGUCGGUGGACCUGCUAAUGUCCCUCGAACUACGACCAUUCCACCAGAGUCAUCGGGAGGACUUGGUACUAUCAUUAUUGAGACACCUACUGGAGGCAACAAUGGCGGAGAAAUUCAAUAUACCACAGUUUCGGUUGGAGGACCUGUAACAGCUGCGCGAACAACAACGUUGGCGCCAGGAUCUCCGGGAGAUUUGGGUACAGUCAUCGUUGAAACACCUACUGUUGGACAAGGUACUACUGCCAACGAGAUAACUUACACGACGAUUUCUGCCGGUGGUCCUGUUACAGCACCGAGAACCACAACACUGGCACCGGGUUCUCCGGGAGACCUCGGCACAGUCAUUAUUGAGACGCCUACUACUGCCAAUGAGAUCAGUUAUACCACUGUGUCUGUCGGUGGUCCUGUUACAGCACCGAGAACCACGACACUGGCACCAGGUUCACCAGGGGAUCUCGGCACGGUUAUUAUCGAAACACCCACCGCCGCUGCAGGUACAACUACUGCAAAUGAAAUCAGCUACACCACUAUUUCCGUCCGUGGUCCUGCUAGUGUUCCCAGAACUACCACAAUUGCUCCAGGAUCUCCAGGAGAUUUAGGUACAGUUAUCGUAGAAACGCCCACAACUGCCCAGGAGAUCAGAUACACCACCGUCUCUGUCGGCGGACCCGUUACAGCUCCUAGGACAACUACAUUGGCACCAGGGGCACCAGGAGACCAGGGGACAGUGAUUAUCGAAACACCUACGACUACUGAGAUCAGGUAUACUACCAUAUCCACUGGCGGAUCUGUUACUGCUCCAAGGACAACCACGUUAGCGCCAGGUGCACCGGGGGAUCUCGGCACAGUUGUAGUUGAAACGCCUACAACUACCGUGAUUAGUUAUACGACUAUUUCCGUUGGUGGAGCUGUUACGGCCCCCAUAACUACCACGAUUGCUCCAGGCUCUCCGGGCGAUCUUGGUACAGUUAUCGUUCAAACACCAACUACUGCCGUUAUCAUGUACACCACCAUCUCCACGGGUGGAUCUGUCACUGCUCCAAGAACUACUACCCUGGCACCAGGUGCACCAGGAGAUCUCGGCACAGUUAUUGUAGAGACCCCUACAAGCACAGCGCCGGUCAUCCAGAACGUUACACGUACUGUUGGAGGCCCUGCAGGUAUUACAACAACCAUAUAUGUCUCCCCCGCAGCACCUAAUGAGCCUGGAACCAUUCUCAUUCAGACCCCGACUACUACACUCGCUGCAACGACGACGCCAGUCAUUCAGAAUGUCACUCGUACUGUUGGAGGACCAGCUGGCAUUACUACCACAAUCUACAAUCCCCCAGGCGCGGCAGGCGACCCAGGGACAGUCAUCAUUCAAACACCUACCACUACUCUUGUUGCAACGCCUACUCCUGUUGUCGUCCAGAACGUCACUAUCACUAGGUCAGGUCCGGUAGCGACGACAAUCUACAACCCCCCAGGCACAACAGGUGAUCCAGGAACAGUCAUCAUCCAAACCACCUUGCCGGUACCCACUGGAAUGCCAGCAUUCAAUUGCGAUGGCUUUGGAUAUAUUAUUUCUAGUUUACUAUCUCCAACUCUGACAAGAGUCAAUCUCGUCACGGGCGCUCGAACAGAUAUCGCCUACAACGUGGGCCCCGGCUUGGGUGUCCAAGGCAUCGGUUUUAACCCUACAGACAACUACAUCUACGGCUUUGCGACAAAGGGUCUACUCUUCAACCUCGUGUGUGGCGUUCUGGGAUGUCCUCAAUCACAACUUAUCCGGAUCGCCAGCAACGGCAACUACGAACUUUUGUCACUCAUCCUCGAUACACAGACAAUCACAAUGGGCGACUUUGAUAAUACAGGCAAACUGUGGGUUUCUGAGAGCGGAAAUAGAUGGUGGGCGAUAGAUCUUUUGAAGGGAUCGUCGACGUUUGGAACCGUCUCCGUAAAAGGCUCGUCGUCGACAAGCCUGCUUACUGGUGUCGGUGACUGGAGUUAUGUCCCUGGCGGAGGUAACUAUCUAUAUUCCGUACAGGCAUCGUUGAUUAGUGGCAGUGGUGGUCUCUUGCGAACCAACAUUGUCCGCUGGUCACUGACCACACGCACAUGGAGCUCUUUCAAAGCCUAUCCCGGAAUUCUUAUGACAGCCCUCAACUUGGUUUGGGGCGCUACCAUAGCAGCGCCCGGUAACGUGUUGUUUGCGCAGGAAAACAUCCUGGGCCAGACAUGGAGGUUCGAUCUGGGCAGCACAGCUGAUCCUGCACCUAUUCCUGGAGGUGCAAUCUUGAACUUGAAUGGCGAUGGUGCCAAGUGUGCAAGCGGAGUUGUUUAG